UGCGUAAAUGUAGUAGGGUGCAAAGAGCUUAUAGUUGACCUGCCAACAUUAAAACUUUCAUUUGAUCACAUAAAUGUGCUUCAUGAAAUAGGAGUACUAGAAUUCGAAGAGGUUUUACCUUCAACAGUUAUCAAACAAUUGACUGUAGUUUGCAAAACUGUGAGCCCUGAUUCACUUCCAGAUGCAUCCAGACAACUGCUAGAGAAAAUAUGUACAGAAAUUUACGAGUACCUAGACAACAAAUUAAAAUGUGAUCCUUCAUUAGAUAUUGACGGUCUCAAAGAUGUACCCUGUUUAUUUAUUGACAAUACUUUUAUAAAGCCAAACCAAACAGCAUUUACAAUUCCUGUCAAGUGUAGUCCAAAGUUGUAUGGAUUAGAUCGAAUCCAGUGGAAGAGAAAUGAGUUCUUCUUAAAAAUGUUAGGAGUGAAAAAAACAUUUAAAGAGGAAGACGUCAUUCCAAUUUUGAAGGAAAUGUCUGAAAGUUGUAAAGGAGUGUUAGAUGAUAAGUCGCUGGAGCUUGCAUGUAAUUUAGUUGAAUUACUUGCUAGUGUGUAUGAUAGGCCUGUUCUUCCAGAAGAGUACAAAAACAUUUGUAUACCAGAUGAACAUGGUUUUUUAACACCGAUUCGUAUUCUUUGCCUGGAUGACAGCACUCUGUUACAAAAAGGUAAAUCCUUAAAAUUCAUACAUCCUAAAAUAAGAGGAAAAGAUGCCACUGUUCUUGGGGUUCAAUCAAAAUUAAGUGGAUCUCUAAUGCAUAAUUAUAUAAAACAAUGGAGGCCUUUCGGACAAAAAGAAGAAUUAUCCGAUAGAAUCAAAAGAAUACUUCUACAGUAUCCUCUUAGUGAAACUGUUUUGAAAGAAAUGUUACAGAAUGCUGAUGAUGCAAAAGCCAGCGAAGUGAUGUUUAUCACAGAUUUCAACACAUAUGAAACUGAAAAAAUAUUUGAUUCUAAAUGGGAGCCUCUUCAAGGACCAGCUCUUUUGGUCUAUAACAAUAGUUACUUUACUGAAAAGGAUAUCGCUGGGAUUCAGCAUUUAGGUCGCGGAACAAAAGAAAGUGAUCCAACUAAAUCAGGCCAAUAUGGCGUUGGAUUCAAUGCAGUUUACCACAUAACUGAUGUACCAUCGUUUCUUUCUAAAUCACCCGAUGGGAUUGAAGACACUUUAUGUGUUAUGGAUCCUAAUUGCAAAUAUGCUCCGGGGGCUGAUGAAAUCUCCCCAGGGGCUAGAUUCACUGAAUUGCAUGACUUGCGCAGACCUUUCCGUGAUGCUUUCAAAUGUUAUCAUGAGGAUAUUUUACUGAAGUCAACUGGAACAGUAUUCCGGCUUCCACUCCGCACUAAGACUUUUGCCGAAAAGUCUGAACUUUCAAACAAAGAAGUGACAGAACGAAUUAUUCGCAAUAUGUUACAUAAUCUUGAAUCAGAAAUAUCAAAGUCAUUGUUGUUUUUACGAAAUGUGAGGAAAAUAACAAUUGCAAACAUCACAAAAGGUAAACUCAACGAAAAAACCUGCACUGAAUUAGUUAUAUCAGAAAAAUGCGAGAAGGAGAAACUGGCUUUUGAUGAGUAUGUUGUACAGAAAGCCACACAAUUUCAACAAAAAAAGGAAAUUUUCAACUUUGAACAGAAAAGUGUACAGUAUGAUGUGACCUUGAAAAAAAAAUCACAUGAAGAUCGACAGUGGUGCAUUAUUCAAACAUUUGGAUUCAACAGUACAGUUGAAAUUCCACGUUCAGUCAAGGAUGCUUUUGAUGAUGAUGACUUAGGUCUUUUGCCUCAAGGUGGCGUUGCAAUGCCUUUGGACACCACUGAGUUAAUAGGAGCAUCAGCAUUUUGUUUUUUACCUUUACCUUGUGAAACUGGAUUAACUAUGCAUGUCAAUGGACAUUUUUCCCUCGACAAUGAAUCUCGAAGAGGAUUGUGGAAGGAAGAUAAGAAAGCAUAUCGCACAGAGUGGAACAAUUUGUUGCUGUGUCAUGUCAUUGCACCGACUUACGCAAAAGCAUUGGAAUCAUUGAAAAAAACUCUCUGUCUAGAUUCAACUACAAAUGAUGUUCGGAUAUUGAGGAACAAAAUUGACAAAUUUCACAGCUUUUUUCCAGAUAUUAAAAAAGCUACCGAUCAAUAUUGGAAAAAUUUAAUCUGUGCUGUCUACAAAUAUAUUUCUGUGAAACAAAUGAAGAUAUUUUUGUCUUCUUGUUCAAUCUAUAUAAAAGAUCCAGAAGUUUUGUGUUAUUCUUUGAAUGAAGAAAAUGGAAAUGUUCUUUUCAUAGACGAUACAAAUAUUGAUGAAGGUGAGAAAAUCAGAUCAAUAUCAAAAAAUCUUGGGGCAAAACUUGUAGACACUCCAUCAUGGGUUUGCAGUAGUAUAGAAAAUACAGGAAUAACUAUUACCAAGUUUAAUCCAGAUAGUCUGAUCAGUUAUCUGAAAUCUCCAUCAUGUCACAUCAAAUCAAUGAUUGAGAAGAAUAAACCUCUAGAAUUGAAAAAUUCACCAUUGAAAACAUCUGAUCAUGUCAAGUCAUGUAUCAAAUUUUGUAUGAAAAGUGAAAACUUCAGCAACGAAAUAGAAGGACUACCACUCUGUUUACUGGAAAGUGGAAAUCUUGUUUUAUUUAGUACAAAUCAAAGGGUUCUGUUGACAUCAUUUUCAGAACUGAUACCAGAGUCAAAAGAGCAAUUACUGCACCAUGACCUGCACGAACUGUUUCAAGAGAGACAACUUGGAUGUAUUGAAGAGAUGCACCUUGAACAGUUGGUAGAACUGUUGCCCCGUGACAUUAACUAUGACUCAUUUCGUCAUAAGAUAUGUCAAUGGAAUCCAAGCCAGUCUAACAUCCCAAACAAAUUAUGGUUAAGAAUUUUAUGGAAAUUUCUUUCGAAUGAAGUAGGGGAGACUGAAGAUCAAAUUGAAAUAAAGCGCAUUCUUACUCCUAUUUUGCCUUGGAGUAUAAUUCCUGCUAUUCAAGAAUGUGGUAGACUUAUUUCAGGAGAUUUAAAUGAGGUUGAACAUAAGCUAUUCCCGUUGGAAAACGCAAAUCAUGUCAUAAAUUUGUCAUCAUUUCAAUCUACUUUGGAAAAAUCUUUUAAAAAGUUAAAAUUGCCUGUAUUGGAUAGCGAUACCCUGCUGACUGUAUAUCCACUUUGUCAUCUUGUUGCAUCACAGGAUCGAGUUUAUGAUGUAUUAGAAUGUCUCUCUGUUCACAGACAAUUGAUUUUUGACUGUGACGAAUUAGAUAUGAAUGACUGUUAUGCUAUUCUGGAGUUCUUUGCGGGUGAACUAAACCAGCUCCUUGAAAUGCCAAAUAGCCAAACCUGUCUAACAAUGCUAAGAAAACUGCCUUUGUUCAUGACAGUACAUAAAUGGAAAAUAAGUCUGGAAGAAAACCGCGACAUUUUGGCCCUUCCUUCAGGACUCCCUGAAGAUGGAAUGAUUGAAUGGGCAGAAAGGUCAAGCAAAAUUUUGCUGCAUCAAAAUGAUAGGUUGCAAUGUAUUUUUGAGCGUUUCAAUGUUACUGAACAAAGCAUUUGUCAAGUAUACGUAAAACAUAUUCUUCCACAUUUUUACCAUAUACCUGAAGAAAACAGAAUGAAACAUCUUGAAUACAUACGAGAUGAAUUAUUGAGAACCUCUGGAAAUUAUGAUGAAGAACAGACUCGCCUUAUUGAUGCAUUAAGGGAACUUCCAUUUUUACGGCAAAAUGAUAAUACUUACAAAUUAGCAUCAUAUUAUUUUGAUCCCUUUAAUGAGCUUAUGAAAGUUAUGUGCGAUGAUUCUUCAAAAUUUCCGCCAAACCCAUUUUCUUCACAUGAAUGGUACAAUUUUAUGACAUUAGUUGGCAUGAAAUCAAAAAUCACAACUAAUUUAUUUUUGGAUUUUGCAUUACAACAAGAAUUGCAGGGACAAUAUGGUUUUUCUAAAGACCUUGAACAGAAAUCACGAUGUCUUGUUCGUCAUUUAUUUAAAUUUUCACACUCAGAAGAAUUUCUUCAACGAGUGAGUGAAAUCAAAUUUAUCAUUCCUGACACAAUAGGAGAUCUCUAUGUCACAAUUUGUGCAUAUCCGUCGGAUGACUCCAACCAGUUGAUAUCAUUCAGACAUUCUGUACAGUGUAUGUAUCUGGUAACUGCAUGGACUCAGUGUAGACUUCUACCAUCAUGGAUUGAUUACGAGGCUUUCAAAUACAACUUCGAAUUGGCAAAACUUGGAGUUCAGGCACCGACUACUGAUAUCGUAAUGACUCACAUUAAGACCGUAUGUAAGAGUCUUGGAAACAUGUCAGAAUCAUAUCUUAACAAAUUAUGCUUAAAGCAGAUUUCAUAUAUUAUGAAAAAAUUUUAUGAGUAUGCAAGCAAACCAGAAGUUAUUUCAUCAUUGAAUGUUAGGACUUUUCAGAACAUUCCUUUUGUGUUUUUGUCCGAAUUUCCUGGAUUAUUUCCUUGUGAACAAUUUGCUCGUCAUUUGAACAAAAAAUACGAAAUGAAACCGUAUUUGAUGGCUGUACCAGAUGAAUUUUUAGGAUUUAUUCAACUCUUUGAAACACUUGGUGUUACCAGAAAUAUAUCUUCAAAGACAUUUGCCAAUGUACUACAUCAAAUCCACUCUAUUGGAGACGAACUUAAUCCAAACGAAUUGAAAAUUGUGCACAACGCUAUGAAGUUCUUCUUUAAGUUGCUUCCUUCGGAUGACAAUUUAAAGUGGUUUGAUAUCAAGGAUCUUUUUCUAUUAUCAAGAGAUGGAAGAUUGGUAAAUUCUAAAUCAUUGGUAUUCAUGAAUCUUCCAUAUAAUGACUGGAUUCAUUCCACCGAAGAAGAUUUCGAUAUUUUGUCUGAUAUUUCUGGAAUGGGCAAUGAAACAUUACAAAUAAAACUAAAAAAACUUCCAUCUGAUAUUCGACCAAAAUUCAUAUCUGAUAUUAUCAAGACAGAUACAGACAUCAGACAAGUCGAGAUUCAAGAAAACGAUGUGUCAAAAGAAAUUAAUGAUUUUUUUUCAUGUGACCAAUUCGUCAAUGGAGUAUUGAGACUGCUUAGGAAAGAACAAACUUUAAAGACUGAUAAGCAUCCAUCGGAUGAAAUGAUUUCAAGUUAUAAAGAAAGUUUGCGUAGAAUUCAAAUGGUAUGUGCGACUGGGAUGCAAACGGUAUAUACUUUUGAAGGCAAAGAAAUUGAAAGACAACCUUGUUUGAACUGUUUAAAUGUCACUUGCCAAAAUGGAGAAAAAACGUGUUUGAUAUAUGCAAACUUUUUUGAAUCUAACGAUGCAGGAGAAGUCAUUUUAGAUAAUUAUGAUCAUAUUUCCAGGGCAAUACGUGAAUGUACAAGUUGCAGUUUUAUAACAACAGGAUCUUUAUUAAGUAUGAUUUGUGCACAAGUAAAAUGUCCAAGGAAAAUCGAAUUUUUGCUGAAUAGUCGCUGUGUUCCAAAUUUGAAUAUGGAAGUGUCCCAUCGAUUACCUAAACCUGGCGAUAUUGUAGAAAUAAGGUGGCAUAGUAUUCUAGAUAAUGACUUUAUAUCCUUUGAUCCUGGUGAAUAUGUGGCAUAUAUUUCUGGAAAAAAUAAACGUGGAGACGUGGAGUACAAAUAUGCAAUAGUAAAAGAAAAACUUUCAUGCGCUGCUGCUGAAAAUAGUAUAUCACUUUUGCAAGCAUAUAUUGUUGAAAUUGAAGUGGAUAACGCACAGAAUAUGAAGAUUUAUGAGUUGUACAAGUUCAACAGAUCUAAAAAUUCUAAAGAUGAAAGUACUUAUAAAGAAUUCCAAGCUCGAAUUUUGCAUAAACAUGAAGGUUCAGAAGAUGCAAAUGUUGAUGCUCCGUGUAAUGGUAGUAGGGCAUUGGAUGAAAUAUUCGAAGAUAUCAGAAAAUGUUUAAAACAUGCGUUUACACUAUCAGAAGAUGAAAGGGGAAAUAUUUGUCGCAGAAUAAUGUCUAAGUGGAUUCCAGACGAAAACCAAGAAGAUGUUCAAAGAGCCACAGAGGUAUUCCGGUACAUUCGCAGGAUCAUUGAAUUGCUUGAAGAUGGUGAAGAUGUGGAUGUAGACGAUACAAAAGAACCUUCCAGUAGAAGACGUCCCUGGAGUGAGAAGUUUUUCAAUGAAACUGACAGAUUUUACGAACGAGAAAAAGAAUACCAAAGGCGAUCCAAACGAUCAAGCUCUUCUAAUGAUCAUUUAAAAAAUAUUUAUCUCCCUAACCCUCAACCUUAUCAAGCAAAUAUAUGGCUGGAUGAAGCUAAAUAUGACAUGCGCUUUGCUUUGCAAUCUGGAAAUGCAAAGAAUUCCUAUUUCAGCUGGAUAUGCUUUACAAGUUAUCAGUCGGCAGAAAAAGCUCUGACAGCAUGGCAAUACAACGAAGAUGCUAAUAGAGUAAAUCGCUGUGAAAACCUUUUACGUCUUCCUCAAUCGUGCCCUGAAGAACUGCGAUGCCUGGCUAGGGAGCUGCAUACUUUGACCCAAGGACCAAAGAGGAUGCGAUAUCCAGAGGGCGGUCAUCAACCAUCAAAGGCCUAUACCAGAGCCCAAGCCAGCAAGGCCAUGGAACUAGCCAACCAGAUUAUUGAAAAAGUAGAUGAGUGUCUAUGAUUUAGUUCAAUAAUGACUCUUUAAAAAGAGAGAAGAAAUAACACAUAAUUGUGUAAGAAUGGAAGUACACAAUUUUAAUAGAAUGCAGAAUUGAUGAAUGGGAGACUUAAAGAAAUACGAAAAUACACUAUAAUAUUUGUAUGAUUUGGUUUUGUAUACUUUAAUAAGUUUAAUGUAUGUAUAAGUGUUUAGUUUUGUAUUUUUGAUAUAUUAUUUUGUAUAUACCUUGUUUUAUAAAAAUGUUAUUAUAUUUAAGGCGACCCUGUCUUAGAUAAGCUUCCAAGUGGCUAUAAAAGCAUCAUACUAGCAAUAAAUCCAUGUGACUAUGUUUAAUUUUGUAUUAUGCUUAAUUUUAAAUUGUUAGAUUCAUUCAGAUCGUAUGAUGGGUUGAAUGGUGUAUAUUUUCAUUAUUAUUUCAUUUUUUUUAAUGUUGUAAAUAUGAAAUUAAUGUACAUCAAUAUAGAUUCACGUUUGGAAGUAUGUUGCAAUCAUUCCAUCAAAUUGUGUAUCACAAAAUACAUUUGAUGACAAAGUUUUUGAAUGUAUAAUGAUUUUUUUUAAUAUUACUUGUAUGAAAGCUAUGUCUACAAUCUCUUUUUCUUUAGCUGUGUUAUUGCAAAACUUAUUAUGAUCCAUAAUUAUCAUGAUUAUGAUCUAUUAGCAUGCAAAAAUACACAUGUCGAAUUUUCUUUUAACUAAAUGAUUACCAGUUAAUAUAUAUAAGUUAAUAUAUGUAAAUUUGUAUGUAUACAAUUGUGACAUUUGAAAUUAUAUGUUCUCACGUAUUCGUUUACUGGAAAAUGUUAUAUGUGGUGGUCCAGUUAUAUGUUAUGUUAACUAUAUAAAAUUGCAAAGAACUAUUAUACCAGAUUAAGCAUGUAGGCCUAUACUGGUGUUACAUGUUUAAAUUAUUAUAAAAUGUCUUUGUAGAAUUCAAAAUAAAAUAUUUUGAGAUAUUGUAUCCAGUA